AUGCCCAGGUCUUCGACUCUCAAGGAUUCCACUCCAACCUCUCCUCAGUCCGCAGCCUCGGCUCUCGCCGCCUACAGGCAGAAACUCAUAGACCGCCUCCCCGUCUUCGUCUCGGCCGGCUACCGCGACGCCAUCCACGGCGUCAUCCAGGCGCAGGUGGACGCCCCGAACCUCGACUGCCGGCUCCGCUGGGUAGUUGAGGCUGCCUACCACAACAACGCUGAGCCCACGUCCCGCGAGGUCAUCACCCUCUGCCUUUUCUUCGACUCGGGAGCUCUCGAGGACCACAGCCUCCGCGUCCAGCACAACUUCUAUGCCAAGAACCCGGCCCUCGCGCGCCAUAUGCACGAAUGGUCCCUCCAGGGUCUUGUCGACAAGCACAACGCCAAGGUCCGCGCUGGCGACAUCCAAGCGCACUGUGUCGUCUUCAGGGGCGGUCGCGACGACGAACACGCCGCUACCCUUGCUGCUGUCGGUUCCGGCGUCGUGAACCACACCAAAGCCGCCGCCCGAUGUGAGAAACGCCCGGCCUCAGCCGUCGAAAACCUUUCUCCUUCCCCCCCGGCCACUCGCCGUCCCAAUCCCCCGAUCAACCUGGCUCUCGCUCGCUUCGGGAGAAGGAACACGCCGCGCCUCAACUCCCUCGUCGAGAGCCUCAGCCUCAAAAAGUUCGCCAGACCCAACGUCGCCGCUUUCAUCCCUGGAAACCCCGGCUCGUCCUACGUGGGCCCUCUCCCACUCGCCUCGGCCUCGCCCUUCUCCCUCGGCAUGCCGGACACCAGGAACGCGCCCGCGCCCGCCAACAUCCCGGACAACACCUUCGAGAACCACUGGACCGUCGCCGAGAAGGCCUCCAACGCGCGUCUGGCCUUCUUCGCCGCGCGCAUCGCCGAGCAUCAUCAGCAGACCCGCGACAAACUCCGCCAGGCCGCCGCCCGACAGCCUCUUGGGGACGACGGCGCCGGGAUUAGAGACUUGGCUGCCUACGUCGCCGAGUCCCAUGGCCUCGCCGCCCGCGUCCGAUUUAGCGCAGCGCCUGGCCCCGGUGACCGCCGUGAAGGCCGAGCGGGAGCAAUAGCUGCAGGAAGCAGCAGCAGCAGCAGCAACAGGAGACAGAGAAAGUUGGGGUCUCGGUGGCAAGUGGAAUGA